GUUAAAAAACUCACGUUUUCGGAUGUAAGCUUUUAUCUAGAAGAGUUCGAGGAUGACAACGAAUUGGGUUACCUUAAUAUUCAACAGCUAUCAAAAAAAUUCAAUAAUUGGAAGAGUGUAAAUAAUGCAUUGAACGCAAAAUCAGUAGAACUUAAAAAAGAAAAAGGCGACGACCAUGAAAUAAUGGCUACGGAGUUCUUGUUGAUUAUGAUGGAAAUCAAUCCAACAGGCAAUGGUCUAACUAUAGCACAAAUAGAAAUGUUUGAUGGUUUGUACGAAGCACAUAAGACAUCCGGUAGCGUUGAUCGUGUAGCAUGUGAAAAAGUGUUCAAAGAGCUUGGUAUGACCGUAAAUGACGAAUUGGAACUGCUAUUUAACUCCCAGCGACCGGCUGGAAGAUUGUUGAUGGAUUUAAUCAUCCUUGCGGCAGAACGCAAUACGGCGGUUGAGGAAAAUGAAUUGAGUGUAUUAAGUCUAAACGAUGUCGUAACUGCCAUAAACGAAUUCAUUAAGAUGGACAAUAACAAUGACUGUUUACUUUCCCCUAAAGAGUAUGAAAACUACGUGGAUACGUCGCGUACUGUGUUUAAAGGGUCGGAAGAAACUGUCGAAAAAGCGAAACAUUGUUUAAGCAAAUUCGAUGACAUUCAAACAAUAAAUGCUUUGGAUUACAUUAAAGCGGUAUUUUUCAUUCAAAAUCAUACCAAUGAAUUAAAAGCUUAAUACCGCUGGUGAUUAAGUACAAGCUUUAACAAUAUUAAUUGGACAUAUUCAAUAA